AGAGCUCAGUACGUCGACAGCCGUCGCCAGCUAUAGGCGUUGUUAGUUUGACGCGUCCGCGACUGUGCGAUCAUGCCACGCGUGCCGCGAUGUUUUUCCUGUCGCGUUGUGUGAAUAUUUAUGAAGCGAUCGACCAUUACGCCUCAUUAUAAAUGGCACUGCAGAACUCAACGCCACCCUGCUUUUCACAUAACGUAAAAUGCCAAUAAUACAAACUGUUGUGAAAAAACUUGAGCGUCGAGUAUUCAUUCAUAUCAUAGUGUAUGUGUUACUGUAUUGCUAUGUCUUCGAGAAGAGCGCAGCUUCUGAGAUGCCACAUGAAUGUGCGUACCGCAGCUCCGAAACGGAAAUGCCGGAAAACACUGUUUUAUUCUGCAAGAUUCGCACCAUAAGUAGCUUGGACCACCUGUUACAGAAUAUAAGUCAAACUUACUUAGAUGACGUGACGUCCCUGCACGUUCAAUGCAGCGAGAUACUAUUCUUCGAGAGCACUCUUGCGACCCAUCCUGAUAAAGUAUCAGGAAAAAUCACGAACCUCGGGAAAUUGCGAAAUCUAAUUUUAGAUAAAUGCAAGAUACGGCAAAUUCCCGCGAGAGCAUUUGAAAAUUUCAAAGACCUGAAACGCUUGCACGUGACAACGCACAACAGUGAAUGGUCUGCAAUGACGAUGGAGUUACAUGAACAAGCGUUUACUGGACUGAGUGAGUUAAACGAUCUAAAUCUAAGUGACAAUAAUAUAUGGAAUACCAAAACUGAAACGUUUUGCUCUUUAUACAGUUUAAAGACGUUGAACCUGACAAAAAAUCAUUUGCAAAACAUAAAAACUCUUGGAUUUUCAGACUCAUUACGUGAGCAGAACUUGAGUGUUAGAAGUUGUAAUUUAGUUUUAGAAAGUCUGGAUAUAUCUUUUAAUGAUUUGAUAGUGUUAUCUGACUACAGUUUAUCUAAAUUACGUUCACUAACAAAAUUAUUUCUUCAAAACAAUGCAAUAUCUUCUAUAGAACAUGGAGCUUUCAGUGGUCUUAUAAGUUUAGAAGUUUUAAAUUUAUCAAAUAAUUUCUUAGAUAGUAUAUCUAUAGACAUUUUCUCAGAUACAAAGUUUUUGAAAGAAAUUUAUUUGCGUAAUAAUUCUUUAAAUGUGUUACAACCAGGUUUAUUCGCAGAUAUGGAACAAUUGCAAAUACUGGAUUUGUCGUACAAUCAUUUAACUAGUCAAUGGAUAAGUAAGGGUAUUUUUAUAGGUUUAUGUCGUAUGGUUAUCUUAAAUAUCUCUUAUAAUAGAUUAAAUAGGAUAGAUCGGUAUACGUUUCAGGAUUUGUAUAGUUUACAAAAAUUAAAUUUAGAACAUAAUGAAAUUAUUUCAAUUGAAGAACAUGCUUUUGAGGAAUUGCGGAAUUUGCACUCUCUAACACUAUCGCAUAACAAACUUUUCCAUAUUCACACUCACCUUUUUACAGAUCUUCAUGUACUACAUGAGUUGUUUUUAGAUAACAACAAAAUUAAACAUAUUGAUGACAACGCGUUUGACAACAUUACGACAAUAGAAGAUUUAGGUUUGAAUGAUAAUGUAUUAUCGUCAGUUCCUGUUUCAAUUCGUAAAUUGCGGUCUUUGCGAUCAUUGGACAUAGGAAAUAAUAAUAUAUCUCAUAUAAGCCGCGAGAAUUUCCAUGGUUUAUCGGAAUUGUUUGGGCUACGGCUCGUAGAUAACAAAGUUACCUAUUUAAAUGAGAAUACCUUUGAGCACUUGCCUCAACUUCAGGUUCUUAACCUUGCUUCAAAUAAAAUAAUGCAUGUAGCUGAAGGAUGUUUUCGUAAAAAUAUUAAUUUAAAAUUAUUGCGCAUGGAUGGAAAUGAUAUCACUGAGUUUAAUGGUAUUUUCAACUCUUUACAUAGUUUAGUUUGGCUAAAUAUGUCGGCAAAUAAAAUAUCUACUUUUGACUUUUCUAGUUUUCCUAGUAGUCUGGAAUGGUUAGAUUUACACAUGAAUAUUAUUCAUACAUUUUUCAACAACGACUUGUAUUCGAAUACUAAUAUUAAAUUAUUAGAUUUAAGCUUCAAUAAUAUAAGUCAGGUAAUAGUUACAUCGAUCCCUAUAUCUGUUGAAAAGUUAUAUUUAAAUGACAACGAAAUCAAAUACAUACAAGUUGGAUCUUUUUCAAAACUACAAAAACUGUCAACCGUUACGUUAAAUAAUAACAAACUUGAACAAAUCGACAUGAAUGCGUUACGAUUAGAUCAAAUAGACGAAGAAAGUGACUUGCCUGAGUUCUUUAUAAGUGGGAAUCCAUUCGUUUGUGAUUGCUCGAUGGAAUGGAUUCAGCGCAUUAAUUAUUUAAGUCACAGCCGACAAUAUCCACGUGUGCUAGAUCUUGAUAAAGCUUAUUGUUCGUUGGUACAUUCGCGGGCAAAAGAAAAGAAAACGAUAAUAGAUAUGUCACCUUCAGACUUUCUCUGUCCCUACGAAAGCCAUUGUUUUGCUCUAUGUCAUUGUUGUGACUUUGUUGCUUGUGAUUGUGAAAUGAUUUGCCCUAACAACUGUAAAUGCUAUCACGAUAUAACCUGGAAUGCCAACGUCGUAGAUUGUUCCUACGCUGGUUAUACACAAGUUCCAGAAAGAAUACCAAUGGACGCAACAGAGAUAUACUUGGAUGGAAACCAUAUUAGUAACUUGGGGAACCACGUUUUCAUUGGUAAAAAGAAAUUACAAGUAUUAUUUUUGAAUAAUACAGAGCUCAAGGAAGUUAAUAAUCAAACAUUUAAAGGUAUAGAUUCUUUAAGAGUUCUUCAUUUGGAAAAUAAUAAAUUAGUGGAAUUGAAAGGCGAUGAGUUUGUUCAUUUAAAUAAUUUAAACGAACUUUACUUAGACCAUAACGCAAUAGAGCAUGUUGCUAAUAAUACUUUUUCCACCCUCAAAUCACUUUCUGUUCUCAAAAUUGAUGAUAACAAGUUAAUUAACUUUUAUCCGUGGAAGUUAUUGGCAUCGUCUUCCACAAGCCUUGCACAUGUAUCCAUCGAAGGCAAUCGAUAUUCAUGCGACUGUAAAAGCAUAGCCGAAUUGGAUUCAUGGUUGAGAAGGGAUCCCGGGGAUCCUGAAAAAAUGUUAUGUACAGACAGUCAAGGUAAUCCCACAAAAAUAACAAUUGCUUCAGUACUGAGCCAUUGUAAAGAAUAUAUGGGAUCUCUAGAAGAUCCCACUGUUCUCAAAAAUGAGAUUUCCAAGUCUCUUUUCAUUCCUGAUAAUUAUUUUGCUGUAAUCUGUGGUAUAAUUAUUAUUGUUGUGGUUAUAUGCUUAAUUGGAGCUAUAUUUUAUGCUUUUAGAUAUGAUGUGAGUGAUUGGUUAUACACUCAUUAUGGCAUACCACUAUUUAAAGAACAAUCUUGUCCUAAUGUUGAGCAUGUAUUAGAGGGAAACUCGACUAAUAUGUAUGAUUACUACGUGGUAUAUAACACCAAAGAUAAUAAUUUCGUUUAUCAUAAUAUUAUGUCAGAAUUAGAGUUUAGGAAAAUGUCAGCAAAAAAAGUUACAAUGAACGAAUCAACAUUAAAUAUUUUAACACUAGAUAGUUUUUCAAAAUGCCCAAAAUUAUCAAAACGCCUACUCAUUGUGCUAACAACAAAUUUCAUAUGUAACGAUUUAUGUGAUAUUCAUUUUAAAAAUAUGUUUUAUAGUUACCUAAAGUCCUUAAAUCGGAGUGAAGUAAACAAAAUAAUAUUCGUCAAAUUGGUAGAAAACAAUCAAAUUAACGAUGAACUAGGAUUUGUUCUGGAUAAAUUUAAAAACCUGUCAUGGAAUGACCCGCGAUUUUGGGACAAAUUUGUUGGAUUACUUAAUUCCACGGACACUAUUAUUACUGUGAAGGGAAAGAAAAACGUGUUCAAGAAGUCAUUACGCCAAACCCCAACAUUGAGGUAUACAACAAUGCCCGUCUCAAACGAUAGUUGCUCAAAGCAGAAUUUCACAAAUUCUUUACAAUUCUGUAAGAGAAUUGAGGGUGAAUCUUCACAGAAUGAAAGCUCGCCUUCCUCGGACAACACAUACGGGGAAGGAAACAACUCUAACAAUAGUUACAUGUCCAUCGACAAUAGGACAUGUCCUCGGUUUAAUUAUGACCUGAGGAUAUCCCCUAGCAGCGGCCAUGUGUAUUCAAGGGUGGAGGAUAUUUCUCCAAGCGUACCCCGCUCAAUUACUAGCAAUACAUCAACCAAAGGGCGAACAUACUUUGUCUGACUACUAAUUGAUCUUGAUAAGGCUUCUUCACAUUAACUUACAAUCACAACAUUUUAAUUCAAAUCACGUAUGUUGAAAUAAAACUGUAAAUAGGUUGCUUAAACUUGGUCAAUUUUUAAUACGUAAAUGAUAUUAUAUUGAUCUAUCUAUAACAUUAAUUUAUUUUUAAUAAAGGUAUUUAUGUAACUGUACAAAUACUUAAGGAGUUGCGAAGUCUGAAUCAAUAGCACUUCUGAUAUUAAUUUAUUUUAUUGUUAAAGUCAUUUGUAAAUUAUUCAGUCACUGUAAAACAACACCAAAUAGAUUAAGAUUAUAUAUUUACCGUAUAAAAUAUAAUUAUAUGUGCUUGUUGUAAAAAGUUGUUUAAAAAUGUAUUGAAUAAUUUUUUUGUGACCGUUUGAAAAUUCGUGAAAAUAUUAAUUUUAUCAACUUUUAUUGUAUUUUAAUGGAAAUAAGGUUACUUACCCACUUUAACAGUUUUAUUGAUACUGAAACUUGUAUGUUAAUACGUUUGUUAAGAUACUUGGCGUAUCUAAAACGGAUGAAACUUUUCAAUGUAUCUAGCUAUCCUCUCCUUUAAUUGUUUAGAACAUUUAUACGCUUAGAUAGACUAUAUAUAUAGUUAGCUUUAAGAACGUCGAAAAAGAUUGUCUAAAGAACAAAUCUCUAAUUUGAGCAAUUCACGCAUACUAACACAAAGUUUUAUACAAAUCGCGAGUGUAAGACGUAACUUGUCACGCACACUAAACUAAUAUUCCUGGCCUGUUUUUAUCGGUUGUCUUACAGCUAGAAGUCAGUGGAGCAUCUAGACCAUAGUUUCUCAACCUUAUUUUGUUCACCGCCCACUUUGAGAAUAUGUUUUUUUCUAGUGUAUUUUCGUGUAUUUUUUUGCCUUUUUAGACUAUAUUUUUAAUCUACCCACGCCCCAUCGGCGCCAUCUCAAUGCCCCAUAAUUUUCUCUGGGUCUUCUACUGCCCCCCUGAAAGUCCCCACAAGGGGGCGUUAUCGCCCACCUUGAGAACCUAUGAUCUAGACGUAUAUAUUUAUCUAAGUUUUAUUAGUAAAUUGCUUAAUCUUUUUUUCUAAAUCUUAUGUCUCAUAUCUUCACCUCAAAUUUGACACGCAACGCUUAAAAUCACAGUAUUUAUUCAUGUAAUGUAUAGUGGUAAGAUAAAUUAAUUUUUAUACAUAAAUUAUGUACAUAAGAAAUAUGUUUGCAAUGUUAUUGUUUUAUUAAUAAUAUGAGCGGUCGUGUUGCUUUAUUAUUGUAAUUAAGCUAAAUCGUGAUACUAGGUUUAAUAAUUAUAAAUUUGAAAAUAAAUGUAAUUUUUGGAUUGUAAUUAUUAGUCUUAACAAAUAUUGUUUUGUAUAAAAUGUACAAAGUUAUCUUGAAACAUAAUAAAAUUAUACCGACGUUUUUAUACUCA